AUCGACAUAACGAACCACCUUGGAAUUGGAUCGAUCCCCAUAUCCCCGAUCGAGAUUCCCCGUUCAGUUUCGUCGAAGCUUCUCCUCCAUCUUCUACACCCUUCCCUUACCUUCCCUGCUAAGGAAUCGGAGCCCCUUCCGAUCAACUUCCGGCAUUCUCCUCCAACUUUACUGCGUCGUCCGAUAGCUGGGCGAAUUGGGGCGGACAACGCGCUCCUAAGAUCAGCUUCUUCUGACGGUUCAUUCGCGGUUUAGGCUCGAAGGAGAAACCCUUUCGGAGGGCAGAAGAAGAAGAUGAAGAGAGUUUUUGGCAUCAAGAAAGAUAAGGAGCCCCCUCCCUCCAUUCAAGAUGCCUCCGAUAACAUCACUAAAAGGGGUGAUACAGUUGAUGACAAGAUCAGGAAGCUUGAUGCCGAACUCAGUAGAUACAAGGAGCAGAUCAAGAAAACACGUCCUGGUCCUGCUCAAGAAGCUGUGAAAGCUCGAGCUAUGAGGGUUCUCAAGCAGAAGCGAAUGUAUGAAGGACAGCGUGAUAUGCUGUAUAAUCAGACUUUCAACCUUGAUCAGGUUUCCUUUGCCUCCGAAGGGAUCAAAGACGCUCAACAGACUAUGACAGCUCUAAAAUCUGCCAACAAGGAGUUGAAAGGAAUGAUGAAGACUGUGAAGCUUCAGGACAUAGAUGUAUGUUAUUUAAUCAGAAAUGUGAUUAUUAUUUUUUCCCUGCUUGUUUCCUUACAUAUUCUAUGUUGCUUAUCUGUUUUUUCGUUGAUUCUGCAGAGCUUGCAAGAUGAGAUGAUGGACCUCAUGGAUGUAAGCAAUGAGAUUCAAGAGACCUUGGGCAGAAGCUACAAUGUACCUGAUGACAUCGAUGAGGAUGAACUUAUGGGUGAGCUUGAUGCCUUGGAAGCAGAUAUGGGAUUGGAGACAGAAGCAGGAGUUCCAUCUUAUCUCCAACCUGAUAAGGAGCCUGAUAUGGAAGAGCUCAGCCUGCCUUCUGCACCAACAGGACAUGCUGGCAGAACAAAUGCCCAGGCUGAGGAUGAACUGGGAUUACCUACUGUUCCUCACGCAUCAAUUCGCAAUUAAGGAUCCCCAUUGUUCUGUAUGGAGAUGUUAAAUGUUGAUAGUAUUGUUGCUCGAUGGAUUGAGUCGGUGUAAAGAUUCUGUGCAGAUUUCUGAUUCGUCAUCGGUUCCUUCUAUUUGGUUCCCAUGUUGGAUUGGUUUUACUUUUUGAAUGCUUCCAGAGAUUUUGAUGGAAGGCCUUGAUGUCUCAUGGAUCACUGUCCAUAUAAAUGUGUCGAAAAAUUUUGUUC